AUGAAGCCCGAGAGCGACAAGGCGGUGGCGGCGGCGGCGGCGGAGAAACAGAGGAGGAGGAGGAGUAGGAGAGCGGAGGAACAGAGGAGGGGCAGCUCCGGCGAGGUACGGUACUUGGGAGUGAGGAAGAGGCACUGGGGGAAGUGGGUGUCUGAGAUCCGCCUCCCGCGGAGCCGGAAGAGGAUAUGGCUCGGUUCUUACGACGCGCCGGAGAAGGCUGCGCGGGCCUUCGACGCGGCCGCGUUCUGUCUCCGCGGCGCCGCCGCUCGGCUCAACUUCCCCGACCAACUCCCGGCCGAAUUCACGACGGCGGCAGCGUCGCAGGAGCAAAUUCAGGCCGCCGCGGCGCGGCACGCCAGCAAUCAGCCCCAGUCGGUGAUGGAAGAGACCUCGCCGGCUUCGCCGGCUCUUGUCGGCGAGGAAUUCCUUUUUGCGCACGACAACUUCUGGUGCGAAUUACAUCCGAUGGCUGCGGGGAACCAACGCCUUGAGCGGCCGGCGGCAGCAGUGGCGGAGGACCUGGAGGCGACGCCGGAUAACCAGGAGAAGCCGGCGCCGGAGAAGUUAAUGGAAGUGCGUGAUGAUUUUUACCCUUUCGCGUACGAGGACUUCUUCUCCGAUGAGUUUUUUCCGGUGGCGGCGCAGCCGCCGGAUUGCAACGGGGAUCGGAUUGAGAUUUUUGAUGAAUUCCCAACCCUUUGGAGUUUCUAG